CAGCAACAACAGCAGCAGCAGCAGCAGCAGCAGCAGCAGCAAAAUAGCUGAAAUGUCGCUCAAGUCUCAGGCUGGCAUGUUGUUGGCAUUUGGCGACAGCAAUAGGAGCAACAACACAAACAACACCAACAACACCAAUGCUGACCAUGCAACCAAAGAUAAUUUGAAAACUAGUUGCAACACAGAAGCAACAGCAACAGCAACAUCAACAGAAACAGUAAGCAAAGUGUAUCCACAGUUGCUUGUGCGCAUUGGCCAAUCGGAGGACAACGGAGAAAUUUCCCCAGCCACAGCCCCAGCCUCAACCACAACAACCACCAUUAUCAGCUGUAAUGGCAGCGUGCUACCAGCUGAGAUCAUAGAUCCAGCUGCAGCUACAUCUCCAUCGCCAUCUCCAGUGGCAGCGGUUGGUGAAAUUAAAGAGAGCGCUCUUCCCAACGACGUGGUAGUCGUUGCUAGUCAGCCACCAGCAGCAGCACCAGCACCAGCAGCAACAGCAACAGCACUCACAUCUCUCGAUGCUGCCUCGAGUGCAGUGACCGAAACAGUUGGCCACAGCUCGCCCCAGCACACGGUCAAGAUACAGAUAGCCAACAACGGCCAGAGCCAACGUAGGCUUGGCAAGCAGAUCAGUGUGGUCAAGCUGAACGACAGCGAGAUGGUUCUUCAGCAGCAUCAGCAGGAGGUAGAGGAGGUGCAGAAGCAACAACAGACACAAAAAUCUACGCAAUCGUCGCCCAGCUAUCAGCUGUGCUAUUUGGUGUCCAGCGGACAGUACUCGCCCUGCGAGACCCUCGACAGUGGAACGGGCAGCGAUCUGGAGAGCGUCAAGUCGCCGGGCAGUGAGAGCCACAGUCUUGUACCAAAGCUGGAGCUGCAUCUCAAGACAACGCGCGUGCGAGUGAAUGAAUCGCCCCAGAGCGGGUCCAUCCAUCAGCGGGCGUACAGCCUGACGGAUAGCGAGGAGUGCGACGAGAGCAGCAGUUCCUCCCUCAGCUGCGACUCGCUGCACUCUGGGGAGGCCUUGUCGUCCGGCCUUGUGCUGCCCACCUCCCUGCUGAGAGACAUACGCGGUCGCGAACGGGAACGGGAACGCGAACUGGAGCCGUCCACGGGCUCACUGGCGAUACCGACAGCCACCAAAAUCGACGGCCGUCCGCUGCAGUAUGAGUCCGAUCAAUUCUACACGUUCCAUGUCAACGAGUUGGACAACUUCCGCAGCUUCGGGCGCGAAACAUCGGCAGACACCACAUCCACCUUCUCCUCCUCCUCCUCAUCGCAGGAGUACGAGUCGAAUGGUUACCCGGAAGACGGGGAGGAUGCCUUCGCCGGCUAUAGGGAUGUGCGGAGGGGUGGUGGUCCGUCGCAGUCAUCGUCAUCGUCCACCAUACGCUCCGCGAAGGGAACGGUGCGCGGCGUCAAGAAUCGUGUGCGCAAUGGAGUAGCCACAUUCUUGCAACUGCAGCAGCCCAGUGUCAAGAAUUUCAUGGAAAAGGAUGUGGGAAAAGUAGUUCUCUACACAACCAGUAUGGGCAUCAUACGGGAUACCUAUGCCAAGUGCGCCAACGUCAAACAGAUUCUGCGCACUCUGCUGAUCAAGUUCGAGGAGCGCGAUGUCUUCAUGAGCGUCGAGUACCAGCAGGAGAUGAAGGAGCGUAUGCACAACAAGACCAUCCGAGUUCCCCAGCUAUUUGUCGAGGGACAGCACGUUGGAGACGCCGAUACCGUGGAGCGUCUGAACGAAAGUGGGGAGCUGCGUCAGCUGCUAAGGCCCUACAAGUCCAUUGCGACGGCUUAUACGUGUCAGACCUGCGGAGGAUAUCGGCUGCUGCCCUGCCCCUCGUGCAGUGGAUCAAAGAAGUCGGUGCAUCGAAACCAUUUCACCGCAGAGUUCGUGGCCCUGAAGUGCAUGAACUGCGAUGAGGUGGGCCUGGUCAAGUGCCCCAACUGCUGAGAGUCAAACCAUAACCCCCUUUCCCCCCCUUUUCACCCGAGCAGAAUCAAUAUUUGUAUCUCUAGUGUAAUGAAGUGUCUUUUUUUUUGUAUCUAUGUAUAUCGGAAUGAUUUUUUUGUGCGCAUUUUGUUUGUCGCUUAUUAUUAACAGUUGUGAUAUUUGAGAUCAGUUUGAGCAGAAACUGAAAACUGAGUAGCGGAAGAACGGAACGGAACAGAUCGGAACGGAACGGAACGGAACGGAACGGAGAGGAACCCAAACGAAAACAAAAUCUAUCCAUAUGUGAAUCAAAGAGAUAUCGAAUAAAACCAUAACU